AUGCCGGCUGGCCGUUUGGCUUCCGAGCAUCUCUUUGCCAUUUUGGAAGAGGUGGAGCAGAAUGUAUCCCGACGCAAUGAAUCCCUUGCUUCUGGUGUCAACGAAGUAUCACUGCAAGAGUUGAGAAGGAAGAUGCCAUUCUAUGAGGUGGCUUUAUCCCCUAACUCACCUAUUGACAUUCCUGGGAGGCGGAAUUCGUUGAGCCGACAAAACACGAAAAAUCGAAAGGAUUCACCACGCCGUUCGCUGAAAGGUCGGCAGCCGACUGAGACAGAGUUUUCGAUCACAGACAGCAUUUUAGCAGCCCAGAAAGAGCAGGUCCUAUCGACACUCAAUGAUCUGUGCAAAACUGUGAAGGAAUUCGUGAACUUCUUCAUUCCACUGAAAUAUAAUCACGGUGUUUCGAAGAGAAUUUGGGGAGCACUAGACCGGAUGAUGCUGAGUAUACACCGACCUUCCGACGAGUCGCCUCCAGCACGUCGACGCAGCUACAUGAUCCGACCGCGAAGCACGGGUGCCCCGAAAGAAUUUGAAUCCGUGGAAGCCCGGUCGAGUUUCAAAACAUGUAGUAGUUGCCAAAUCGCACACGGCUAUCGAUCGUUUGAGGGUGCUUAUUCGCACUUAGAUCGCUAUCAUUUCCAGACGACUACCCAUCUUCUGCCUCCAGGAACCUUAGAGAUGGAAUGUGCUGCCUGGAUAUGUUCCGAGCAACAGCUAAGAGAUGAGGUUACGAACGAACAGCAACUGCAUCUACUCCGCAUCUGUCUUACGUAUCUCAGGCUUUUGCAAGCAAGAGCCAAGAAGCUUUACGACGGGAUUACCGCCAACCCUGACUCGGAAAUCUCACGGAAUCUACUUCCGAACGAUUUGGUGGGUUGCUUUGAGACCAGCGUUCUAUUCAUCCUGCAAGCUGCAGUAUCUCUUGUUGCUAUCAAGGACGAGAUACAUGCUUGGCACGACUGCUCAGUCUUCCUAAGGGAGGAAAACGAAACUCCAAUGGUGAGGCAUGCGCUUAUGCAACUUGGGAAGCUUGGGCAAUCUGCGCAGGCCUCUAUGACACGUGCCGAAAAGGUCAUGGCGCUUUCCGACCCGGAGACUGGUAUGCUGAGUAUGGGGCCGGUUGGACCCGAGUUCCUCGCCGUCGUCAUUAGCCAGAACCUACAGAGGAAAGAACUGCUCGAAAAGGCAGAUAUGGAUAUCUAUGGCCUCUACCAAAAGUGUGCUUCGAACUUACAAUACCAAAUCAACAGAUUCCCACGGAAGCGACUUCUGCCUGACAUCCACGAACUACAAGAGGAACUUUCCGUCAUAAAGCUUGUCAAUGACUGGCAGCAGAAAGCCUAUCACAAUUAUCUUUUGAUACUGGACCCCGAAUCUUACGCUUCCGCGCCGUCAGGUCGAGCAGCAUUCUUCACUUCAGAGAAAGACUGCCUUCAAGCAGAACUAAAGAAUCUGCGAUCAAAGGCCGCCGAGCUAGAUGCCCUCGAGAACCGUACCAGGCAGCUUAGAGAGCAACUGAAGCAGAGCGUAGAGAUCCUAGAAGAGGAUCAUGGCAAAGCAAUCCUGGUCUUUACAAUGAUCACGACGAUAUUCUUGCCUCUGUCUUUCAUCACCAGCUUCUUUGGCAUGAACACGGCUGAUAUCCGGACCACAGAUCGCAACCAAGGCUUCUUCUGGGCUAUUGCUCUGCCGAUCACAGUAAGCAUCGUUGGCAUAGCAGUCCUCUUCGCGUAUCAAGGCGACAAAUUGCACGACAUCCGGUAUAGGCUCAUCCACCGUCUUCGAGAGGACUGGGCAAACCGGAGGGCAUCCUCCGGUCAUGACUCCAGUCCAGAUGCCGAAAGACGAGUUAGUGCGCAUCCGUGGAAUUUGAGGAAACGCAAGGUCUUCUCAAGAAUUAAAGAAGAAUUCGACUCGGUAUUGCCGGUAUGA